CUCGCAAGUCGUGCCAGCCACUCUUGAACGGCAAACGCCUCUCGACCACCACAAGUUCGUUUAAGUAUCGUCCGGUCGUUAUUAUUAUUUUUUUUUUUUUGCAAAUCGGGCUCUAGUUUUUUUUUUUGUAUUUUCAAAAACUCUAUUCGGUCGUGCCAUAAACGAAAAUCCAAUAUGCGUCCGAUUUUGUUGGUUGCCUUGUUGUUGUUGUGUGCCUGCUACGCUGCUGCCCAAGUGAACUUCACUCCGACCUGGGGACAAGGCAAAAGGAACGGAGCCGGUGCUUCCACUUCGGUGACGGACGAAUGCAAGUCCAUGGACACACUAAUCUACCUCUACAAACUCGUUCAAAAUGAAGCGCAACGGAUUGCUAUGUGCGAAAAGAUGUCUUCGUCUUAGAACUAAGCCAACCUUAAAGCCGACAAUGACUAACAACAUACAUCAGUUAUCAACAUAUUUUAUUAUUAUUAUUAUGAUUUUAAAUCAAUCACUUAUUAUCGUCGUUAAUAACAGUUAAUAAUAUUAAAUGGUUUACAUUAUAUGCAAAAACGGAUAUUUUAUUUAUAUAGUUACGCGUAGUAAUAAGACAUUAUUAUAAUACAUUUGAUCUGUUUCCGUGCUUGAA